AUGGCUUCAGCUACAGCUGCAGGCGGAGCUCGGAACUAUAACUUUAAAGUUGUCUUGUUGGGAGAAGGAUGUGUCGGCAAGACGUCGCUGGUGCUGAGAUACGUGGAGAAUAAAUUUAACGACAAACAUAUAACAACGUUACAGGCAUCAUUCUUAAGUAAAAAGUUGAACAUUGGUGGGAAAAGAGUUAAUCUUGCAAUAUGGGACACAGCUGGUCAAGAGAGAUUUCAUGCCUUGGGUCCCAUCUACUACAGAGAUAGCAAUGGUGCUAUUUUAGUCUAUGACAUCACAGAUGAAGACUCCUUCCAAAAGGUCAAGAACUGGGUCAAGGAGCUACGGAGGAUGCUGGGACAGGAUGUAUGUUUGUGUAUAGCAGGGAACAAAACAGAUAUGGAAAAAAACAGAAAUGUGACAGUGGAUGAGGCAGAACAGUAUGCAGCAUCCGUGGGAGCCAAACACUACCAUACAUCUGCAAAGAUGGGACGCGGGAUUGAAGAAAUGUUUUUAGACUUGAGCAAAAGUAUGAUAGAGAAAAGUGAGGAAGGCGUGGCUCGGGGUCGACCAGGCAGUACCAGCAGGAAAAGUAAUAUUUUAGUGGUGGAUGACUCAACAGAACAACCACCAGCCAAAUCUGGCUGCUGUGGUUAG